AGGUACUAUACUUUACUCAAGGGCCCCACUCCUCUGCUCUGCCAUUACUUUUCCUCUCUUCAAAACUCUACUCUGCUGAACUUUCUCACAUUAUCACAAAAACAUCCAUGGAGAAUUUGCUGGGAUUGCUCAAAAUUCAUGUUCAAAGAGGAGUUAAUCUUGCUGUCAGAGAUGUUAAAAGCAGUGAUCCUUAUGUUGUCAUCAAAAUGGGAAAACAGAAGCUGAAGACUAGGGUAGUGAAAAAGAAUGUAAAUCCAGAGUGGAAUGAAGACUUGACUUUAUCAAUUUCAGAUCCUAAAAUUCCAAUCCAUCUGCAUGUGUACGAUAAGGACACAUUCAGCUUGGAUGACAAAAUGGGGGACGCGGAGUUUGACAUAGGUCCAUUUAUUGAAGCCAUAAAGAUGCGGUUGGAAGGUCUUCCGAACGAGACUAUAGUUACAAAGGUGGUGCCUAGCAGACAAAAUUGUUUAGCAGAAGAGAGUCGCGUUGUUUGGAAAGAUGGCAAGGUUUUCCAAAACAUGGUUCUUAGACUAAGAAAUGUUGAAUGUGGGGAAGUUGAGCUUCAGUUGCACUGGGUUGAUAUUCCAGGUUCAAGGGGAAUAUAGGUUGAUAAAUAACUAUAGAUAUGAGAGUUGUAGCACUAUAAAACAAUAACAGCUUAUUGCUUUAAUUUGUCUUCUGUUUUGAUCUUUGUUCAACAUGUUGAACAUUGAAAUAUAUGUAUUUUCUGCUGGUUUGGUUUGUC